AUGCCGCAUCAGUCUCACCGUCGAUCUAGCACUUCCUUGGUUGGGGGCAGGCGACCGAGCCUCCAGCACGCAGGUCCUGAUGUGUCCGAACUUACUCUUCUUAAAGAGGAAACACACACCGGCGAUCACUUCCUUACACCGACCCAAUUAGAAGUUGUUUACCGUACGAACGUCACAAAUGGCCUCUCCGAGAACUUCGCUAAAGAAAUGCUAGAAACCUACGGACCAAACCAGUUGAAGGAAUUAAAAGGAAAUAGUUACUGGAAAAUAUUUCGACACAACCUAUUCGGAUGGUUCCAGUGCGUGCUGUGGUGUGGGGCAAUUUUAAAUUUCGUCGGCUAUUUUUUUUCUGAAUCUAUUGACUCGGGCAGUGAAGGCGGUCACACCGGUAAAGAUUAUUUGUAUUUGGGAUGUGUGAUCACAGCUACUAUCAUUGGGACUGGCCUUUUUGGGUUUUAUCAAGAAGCUAAGAACAUGGCUGUAAUGAGUGGCUUUGAAAAAUUGGUUCCACCAAACGCAGCUGUAAUCCGAGACGGCCAUAAAAAGAUAAUUCCAAAUUCCGAUGUCGUUAUUGGUGAUAUCGUUGAAAUGACGGGCGGCGAAGUGGUCCCCGCUGAUGUCAGAAUACUUACGUGCACUAAUUUUAAAACUGAUAUGUCUUCACUGACUGGCGAGUCUGAACCUAUUAAACAUCGUCCGGAAUGUACAAACGCUAACCCAUUGGAAUCUAAAAAUAUGGUGUACUUUGGAUGUCCCAUUACUGAAGGAUCUGCAAAGGGUGUUGUUAUCGCAACUGGUGAAAUGACACAAAUAGGAAAAAUUGCGGGUUUGGUUACUGGUUUAGAAAAGGAAGAAACACCAAUAGCUAAAGAGAUAACGCAUUUUAUUAAGCUUAUAUGUUGCGUAGCGUUUACUUUUGGUUUUUUGUUCUUUAUAAUGGUAUACUUAAUUCAAAAGAGCUGGUUGUCUGCCCUUCAGUAUAUGCUCGGUAUUAUCCUAGCCAAUGUCCCGGAAGGGCUUAUUGUAACGCUUACCGUUUGUAUGACACUAUCAGCAAACAACUUAAAGAAGAAAAAUUGCUUGGCAAAAACACUCCAAGCCGUAGAGACUUUAGGAUCAACGUCGUGCAUAUGUUCGGAUAAAACUGGUACACUGACAGAAAAUCAAAUGAACGUGUCACAUUUGUUUUGUAAUUAUACAAUAUUUGACAAAAAUGAUCAUGAACAUGUUUCGGAUCAUUCUUAUGCUACUUUAACUUUAGCUGCAUCAUUAAACCUUAAAGCCACUUUUACAGUCGAUACCAUGAAUCUUCCAAUUGAAAAAAGAAAAAUAAUAGGUGAUGCUUCUGAGUCGGCAAUAUUAAGGUACAUGGAACUGAAUCGAUCUGCAACCCAAAUAAGGGAAAAUAAUCCUAGAGAAGCGGAAAUUCCAUUUAGUUCGGCGUACAAGUACCAAGUUACAAUACAUCGAAUGCAAGCUAGUCAUAGUUAUUAUUUGAUAAUGAAAGGAGCACCUGAAAUCGUCCUCGAAUUUUGUACCAAAGUUAUAACUGAUGAAGAGGAUCAGCCUUUGACCCCACAAGUAAAAAAAGAAUUAAAGGCUAGUUUUAUUAAACUUGCAAAUAUGGGCGAGCGUGUGAUAGGGUAUUGUGAUUAUAAUUUGCCUUUAAGUGAAUAUCCUUUGGGCUAUAAAUUCGAUACACAGCAACGAAAUUUUCCAGUCGAAAAUUUGAGAUUUAUUGGGGCUAUAUCAAUGAUAGAUCCGCCUCGAAGGGAUAUAGAAAAAUCCAUCGCUCUGUGCCGCCAAGCUGGCAUUCGCGUUGUAAUGGUCACAGGAGACCACCCAGUAACUGCUUUAGCAAUAUCUAGACAAUGUGGAACUAUCACACAGCCUACGGCUUACGAUUAUGCUUUUGAACAUCAUAUUGAUUUAUCCGAUGUACCAUCGCAUAUAAAAAAUCAGUUUAAAGCGGCUAUAAUUACGGGGGACGAAUUGCGAAAAAUGAGCGUUAAUGAUUUAAAAGUUGCACAAAAGAAAUAUGACGAAAUAACUUUUGCUAGAACCAGUCCUCAGCAGAAACUAUUUAUUGUGGAGACAUAUCAAGCACUCGAGCAUGUAGUCGCUGUCACUGGUGAUGGAGUUAAUGAUUCGCCAGCUUUAAAAAAGGCAGAUAUUGGUAUUGCCAUGGGUAUAACAGGGACAGAAGUUUCUAAACAAGCAGCUGAUAUGAUACUAUUAGACGACAACUUCGCAUCUAUCGUGCUUGGUAUUCAGGAAGGUAGAAGAAUUUUUGAUAAUUUAAAAAAAACAAUAGCGUAUACAUUAACGUCGAAUACUCCUGAAAUGCUGCCAUUUGUUUUAUAUGCUUGUGUAGGAAUGCCUUUACCUAUGACUUUGAUAUUAAUAUUAGUCGUAAACGUUGGAACCGAUCUUUUACCUGCAAUGAGUCUAGCAUAUGAGACAUCAGAGCACGAUAUAAUGUCUUUGCCUCCUAGAAAACCAACAGACCAUCUAGUAAAUCGUGUGCUCAUUUUCAUGGCAUAUUUUCAAAUAGGCAUGAUACAAUUCUUCGCCGGAAUGUAUGCAUAUUUUAUUGUAUUUGCUCAAAGUGGUUUCUUUCCAUCGAGUAUACUAUUCGUACGCCAUGAUUGGGAGUCACCUUCUACCAUUGUAAAAGAUACGUUGGGUCGACAAUGGUUUUAUAUUGAUCGAAAGCGUGUCGAACGGCGUGCACAAACUGCUUACUUUGUUGCUGUGUGUUGGACUCAGAUAUCUGACGUAAUUAUAUGCAAAACGAGAAGAAUUUCCCUGCUUGAAAAAGGAAUGAAAAACCAUGUACUGAAUAUCGGUAUUAUUGUGAACUUGAUUGCAGCCAUUGUUGUUACUUAUCUACCGCUGUGUCACGAAAUAUUUGGUACUGAGCCGAUUUCCUGGCAUGAUUUUUUCCUAGCUACACCCUUUUUUGUUCUUAUGAUUCUCGGAGAUGAGUUGAGGCGAUUUAUAAUAAGGCGAAAUAUUUCGAAGUGGGUGGAGCAAGAAACAUAUUAUUAA